CUCUCUCUCUCUCUCUCUCUCUCUCGCAGCAUCUGCAGCUUGUAAAGUAGAGAAAGACUGCACUAAAAAAGGAGUAAUCAUGCCGAUGUUCGUGGUGAACACCAACGUGGCCAAAGGCGAGGUACCGGCGGCUCUGCUGUCCGAGGCCACCGAGGAGCUGGCCAAAGCUAUGGGCAAACCUGCACAGUAUAUCGCUGUGCUUAUCAACCCUGACCAAUUGAUGAUGUUUGGAGGAAAGGGAGACCCCUGCGCAGUCUGCUCCCUUCACAGUAUCGGCAAGAUCAGCGGCGCUCACAACAAGCAGUACUCUAAGCUCCUGUGUGGACUGCUCAACAAACACCUGGGCAUCUCUCCCGACAGGAUUUACGUUAACUUCGUGGACAUGGAUGCAGCCAAUGUGGCCUGGAACAACACCACCUUUGGCUGAUUGGAGGUUAACCCACUGAAAUAGAAGAUAAUUCCCUUAUUGUCCUGUAUGUAUGAGUGUAGUUGAAACAGACAGUCAAGUGAAAAUGCAAAGACACCUGGUAAUUGAAAGGUCAAUAUACUUUAUGGCAAUCCUCUAAGCACUUAGCUGGGCACUUUUUGUUUUGCACUGACCUUUUUAUCAUUAAAAUGCAAUAAAGAAAACCCUGCAGACCAUAAAUUAAUCUCUGUGGCCAUGAUUGUCUCUC